GCUGCUCAGCUGAAGCGCCUCUCUCCAUCCUCAGCUUCAGCUCCAUGGGGACAGACGCACUUUACCCUCUGCUGAUCACCGUCCACUGCUGCUGCUUCUCAUGACUUUCACAGUGUUUUCUCGGGAGUGGAAUAUAAAACAUCAGAAGUUGAUGGAUUAGUACUAAGCCUGUAGGACUGUUAUUACUGUGCUGAAGUAGUUUUUAUUUUUAUUGGAUGUUCAUGAGGACUUUGUCCAUGACUUCUGUCGGAUGAUGGCUCCGGCAGUCUCCGUCAUUCCUCUACUUGGGAUCAUCAGUUGUGUUGCUGCCAUUGAGUUGCGGUUCAUGCCUGACCCACCAACGCUGAACAUCUAUGGCGUCCACAGGAUGAACAAAUCUGAUAACCUGGAAUUAAUAUGCAAAGGUCGGCAGUACUUGAGGUGGAAGACCCCUCCAACAAGCACUCGCUUCUCCAUCAGUGACUGCAGUGGAUCGGGACUGUUCUGCAAAACACUGCACAUCUCCAACGCCACUGUCAACGAGACCGGACAGUACCAGUGCUCCUACAGAGACCUGAAAGUCGAAGAUGGCAAGACUUCAGCGUCGGCUUAUGUGUUUGUCCACGAUUACAAAGUGCCGUUUGUGCCGUCCGAGAAAGACUACGAGGUGGUGUUCAUCCGUGAAGGAGAGCGGGUGGUGAUACCAUGCCGAGGGUCGGUGGAAAAUCUCAACGUGACACUCCACACUAAGUAUCCAAAUAAGGAGCUUCAUCCCGACGGGAAAGAUUCUUUUUGGGAUGCCAGGACGGGUUUCACUGUGCCCAGUCAUCUGAUCAGCUACGCCGGGGUCGUGUCCUGCCAGACAUAUCUUGGAAAUGAGACGUUUAAGUCCCCUCUCUACAUCGUUGCUGUUGUUGGAUAUAAGAUCCAUGAGCUCACGCUGACCCCCACGCAACCGAGGCUGUCUGUUGGAGAGAAGCUGGUGCUCAGCUGCACGGCCAUUACCGAGCUCAACGUGGGCAUGGAGUUCAACUGGACGCACUCUGGUCAGGCUCUGACCUCGGUGAACGGUUCGAGGCCGACCCACACGAUACCCCACAAGAAGAAGCUGUGGAACACCCUGGAGCUGUCCAACACACUCACAGUGGAGAACGUGACGGUCGAUCACACCGGAGAAUACACCUGCACUGCAUCCAGCGGGCUGAUGGAGAAAAGUGCCACAGCGUAUCUAACAGUGCACGAAAAGCCUUUCAUUGAUAUGAAAGAGCCGUGGACGAGGGUUUGGGAAGUAAAUGUAGAUGAAACACCGACACUGAUCCCUGUCAGGUACACGGCAUACCCAGAGCCCAGCUUUAAAUGGUUAAAAAAUGGCAAAUCACUGAAGGGUGAUUACAGAAUAAAACAGAAAAGCGAUUGCCUCAUCAUCCAUAAAGUCACAGAAGCAGAUGCAGGAAAUUACACAAUGGUCCUGACCAAUAAGAUUACUAAAGAAGAACAUAAUCGCACUGUCCAGCUGCUGGUCAAUGUGCCUCCUCGCAUUAUUGACAAGGAGGUGGCAGGGGACAAUGACGUGUACCUGUACGGCAGCAGCCCCACCCUGAGGUGCACCGCCAGUGGAUUUCCAACCCCUGCACAAAUCGAGUGGCAGUGGAUGUCCAAAGAGGACUGUCCAGAGGCCUUCACGUCAGGGCUGAAAAAAAAGUCUGAAGCACAGCUCGAGAAGUGUACGAGUUGGAGAGAUAUCAGCAAUAACACGGGUCACCACCCUGUAGAGCGACUUAUGAUUGACACAGAAGGUCAAAGGAAAAUCACGAGUUCGUUGAAGAUUCAGAAAGCUGAGUCCCCUGCACUCUACAGGUGCAUGGCUGCCAACAAAGUAGGAAAGGAUUCACGCAUCAUCUUCUUCCACGUCACACGUGGCCUCGAGGUGAGUGUGUCUCCGUCCAAUGAGCCCUUGGAGGAGGACUAUGUGGUUCUGCGGUGUAAGGCGGACAAGCUGCUCUACGGCAACCUCGCCUGGUUCCGUGUGACCAACAUCUCCGAGUCAGAGCAGGUUGUGUCUUUGCAACCCUGUCGCUCCCUGACGCUGCAGCGGAGGCCCCUGUCGCAUGGAAUGCGUCCCAGCGUGCAGGGCAGCAACGUGACCCUGGAGCUGCGGCUGCCCAACGCGACCCGUCAGGACGAGGGCCUGUAUGCCUGUCAGGUGGAAAACAUUAAGACUCAAGACAGAACCUGCCUGCUGCAGCGUCUUUCUCUCAAAAGUCUUGAGGCUGCGAGGAUACUCAACAAUUUAACUGAUCAAAAAGUGAACGUGAGCGCGACAACCGCUCUCCACUGCGACGCUGCGGGGGUGCCAAACCCAACGGUGGUGUGGACCAAAAACAAUCACACCGUGGUCGAGGGCUCAGGUGUGAUUCUGAGCAAUCACAACCAGAUUCUGACAAUUCAGCGCGUGAAGAAGGACGACAGCGGUCUGUACGUCUGCACUGCAUGCAACAGCCGAGGCUGUGACACCUCGCAGGCCUUUUUGACUACUGAAGGUGCAGAGGAAAAGACUAAUGUGGAACUGAUUGUUCCUAUUGGGUCAGUGGUCAUCGCCAUGUUUUUCUGGUUACUGAUCGUCUUUGUCAUCCGUGGAAGAAAGAGACCGAAUGGUGGGGAGCUGAAGACAGGCUACCUGUCCAUGAUCCUGGACUCUGAGGACAUGCCCAUGGACGAGCAGUGUGAAAGGCUCACGUAUGACGCUAACAAAUGGGAGUUCCCUCGGGACAGGCUAAAACUAGGUGACCCACUGGGACGAGGAGCGUUCGGUCAGGUGGUCGAAGCAGCCGCCUUUGGCAUCGAGAAAGCCACCACGUGCACCACUGUUGCAGUCAAGAUGCUUAAGGAGGGAGCCACAUCCAGCGAGUACCGCGCCUUGAUGUCAGAGCUGAAAAUACUCAUUCAUAUUGGGCAUCAUCUCAAUGUCGUCAACCUGCUGGGAGCCUGUACGAAGCCGGGAGGGCCACUGAUGGUGAUUGUGGAGUACUGUAAACAUGGAAACCUCUCCAGCUACCUGAAGAGCAAGCGUGGAGAGUACAGCCCGUACAAAAGGAAGCGUUUGGAUAGCCAGAGGUGGGCAUCUCCAGAGGACGAUGUGACAGAAGGGGAUCUGGGUCUGGGGACGAUCGCCCAGCUGGAUAUCUGCACAGGAACGGCUGUCUGCUCCAGAGCUGGAGACAAGGCUUCAGGCAGUAAUAUGGACACUGAGGAAGAGAGCUCAGACGAGGACCAUCUGACCAUGGAGGACCUGAUAAGCUACAGCUUCCAGGUGGCUAAAGGCAUGGAGUUUCUGUCCUCCCGCAAGUGUAUCCACAGAGAUCUAGCAGCCAGAAACAUCCUGCUUUCGGAGAAUAACGUGGUGAAGAUCUGCGACUUUGGCCUCGCUAGAGAUGUCUACAAAGACCCCGACUAUGUCCGCAAGGGAGAUGCACGCCUCCCUCUGAAAUGGAUGGCUCCUGAGACCAUCUUCGACCGGGUGUACACCACACAAAGUGAUGUCUGGUCCUUUGGGGUCCUUCUCUGGGAGAUCUUUUCUCUGGGGGCUUCUCCCUAUCCUGGUGUUUGCAUCGACGAGUCUUUCUGCAGGAGGCUUAAAGAGGGCACCAGGAUGAGACCUCCAGAAUACGCCACCACUGAGAUAUACCAGACCAUGUUGGACUGCUGGCUGGAUCGUCCCACAGACAGGCCGACAUUCACAGAGCUCGUUGAACAUCUUGGCAACCUGCUACAGGCCAGCGCUCAACAGGAUGGGAAGGACUACAUUCCUUUGACAGCAGUCAAUGAGGCAGAACGCUCUCCCGUGACCCCCGACCUCAGGAAUCCCUACAGCAGACCCCAAAGUAGAGAAAUCCUGGAAGCUCAGCUCCACUAUGACAACCCACCGUCCCUCGGUCCGUCCCAGCAGAGCGAGCGGUGCAGUCGGCCCCUCAGUGUGAAGACGUUUGAGGACAUCCCUGUGGCACACAGCAGCGUCAUGGAGGGUCACACAGACAGUGGUAUGGGCUUCUCACAUGAGGAGGUAAAGGGUUUGAAUCAACAGCUCUCAACGCCCACCUUCAGCAGCCAGCUGCUGCGCUGUAAGAGUAAAGAGUCUCUGGCGUCUGAGUCAUCCAAUCAGACGAGCGGAUACCAGUCAGGGUACCACUCUGACGACACAGACACCCCGAUCUACGCUAACGAGGAGGUGAUCAUGAAGCACAAGAUGCUGAAGAAGCCUCCUCUUCCUAAGACGCAUGACAAAUUCAACGUGGAGAUCCGCUACAGCACGCCACCCGUCUGACCCCACGUAUCCGCCCAACAACUUAACCCUGAGUCUUUGUCACUGUACAGUAUUUGUUUACCUUCCACUGGUUUCACACUUUAGGAACAAUGACUUGUAAUAGAGCAGCUCGGGUCUGCUACUGCGGCCCUGAGAUAUUUUUACAAGAGAUAACUUAAUAAGUCAGCUGGGGGAAAAAAUGAAGGUUGUAUGAUAAGUUUGUAAGCGCAGCUCUCUUUGGACAGCCGGAGGAAUGCUAUCAUGUUUACUCAGCGAGUAAAAGGUCUGGGGAGCCGAGACACGAGGACUCACCUACUUCCUGAGGCACAAUCCACCCACUUCCUCUAUUGCAGGAAAUGGCAUCUGGAAUGUUUAGAUAAUUGAAUCAGCAAAUGUUUUUUUAAAAUCUGGUUGGCACAAUAAACGCCUGGCAAGGAGGCAGUCCUCAGAUCAAUCAGUUUCACGUUUGUACAGUUCCUUUAUGCGUAUAACUUGCAGUAUUUUAUUGAAAGUGUAUCACUAAACCUGCCAUAAAUGUAACUAGUUUUAUAAAAUAAAAUACUCACAGAUUAA